ACACAUUUAACACAUUUUUCAAGUGGGUAUAGGAUCUAGUUGUAUGUUGGUUUUAAUGCUUUACAUGUUUUAAUGGCUGUUGCUUUGUGCCAUUAAACUAUGGUUAACUUUUAUUUGUCUUUUUUGCCUUAGACCUGAUGGCGCUGAAAGAGGAGAAACAAGUGCUGAAUGAAAUGGAAGAGAAAGAUCAAUAUGAGAAUCGUCAUGAUUUCACAACUGAAAUAAAACCUUUUAGUUGCUCACAGACUGAAAAGACUUCAUCACAAGAAAAAGAUCAAAAGACAGAAACUAAAAGUUAUUUCAUCUGCCAACACUGUGGAGACAGAUUCACUCGAACAGCAAGCCUUAACAGGCACCUGAGCAUUCACAAUAAAGAGAAGGGUUACACCUGCUAUCAGUGUGAAAAGAGUUUUGAUCAACUUCAUGACCUUAAAGUCCACAUGGAAGAUCACAAGGGAAAUAAGCCAUGCAUCUGCCCACAGUGCGGAAUGAGAUUCAGACAAAAAGGACACCUUAAUAACCACAUGAGAAUUCACAAUAAAGGGAUGCACCCCUGCCAACUGUGUGAAAAGAGUUUCAGUCAGCAAAAAAACCUUGAAGUUCACAUGGAAGUUCACAUGGGAAAAAAGCUGUACGCCUGCCAACAGUGUGGAAAGCGAUUCAACCGAAAAGGAAACCUUAAAAACCAUGUGAGAAUUCACAUUAAAGAGAAGCCUUACACCUGCAAACAAUGUGGAAAGACUUUUGAUCAACAUGGAAACCUUAAGAAGCACAUGAGAUCUCACACUGGAGAGAAACCCUACACAUGCCCUCAGUGUGGAAAGAGUUUCAGUCAACAUGGAAGCCUAGAAGUCCACAGGAGAGUUCACACUGGAGAGAGCCCUUACACCUGCCAACAGUGUGGUAAGAGUUUUGAUCAACAUGGAGACCUUAAAGUCCACAUGAGAUCUCACUCUGGAGAGAAACCCUACAAAUGCCGUCAGUGUGGAAAGAGUUUCAGUCAACAUGGAAACCUUGAAGUCCACAUGAGAGUUCACACUGGAGAGAAGCCUUACACCUGCAAACAGUGUGGAAAGAGUUUCAGCCGAAAAGGAAACCUUAACAUGCACAUGGUAGUUCACACUGGAGAAAGCCCUUACACCUGCGAAGAGUGUGGAAUAAGUUUCACUGUAAAAGGAAACUAUAAAAGGCACAUGGUAGUUCACACUGGAGAGAAGCCUUUCACCUGCCAACAGUGUGGACAAAGUUUCAACCGAAAAGGAAACUUUAACAUGCACAUAAAAACUCACAUAGGAGAAAGCCGUUCAUAUAGGAUCUCUGUGGAAAGAGUUUCAGAUAUAAAGUAACCUUGAAGUAUAAGCAAAUACUCAUGAGAGAACCUUUUUUUAUGUCAUCAG